AUGCAUGUUUACACAGGAAAGGUCAUAGGUCAAUAGGUCAUGUCGACCAGACACCGUGUCGAGCACUGCAUGUCGCCAUGUUGUACAAUUGUGUAUUUAUACUCGGAUACGGUAGAUGACAUCGUGACGGACUAUAAAGGAGGAUUAUCAUUGAAGAUUGUGACCAGGACAUGAGACUAUGAGAAACCGGAACAAUGAACACACGACGAUUUAGUGAUUUUAUACUACCGGCUUUCGUCUGCAGUGUUAUACUCAAUGUAUUAUGCCUAUUCGGAAAUUUCCGGAAUUUUUCGGAACAUUUGCCGAACUCCAAAUCUCCACAGCCUCAAAUGUACGGCCAUUUGUGUCCUCACUUUAGAGGGGGACUCGGGAAUCUCAUGUUCAUGUAUGCGUCAAUUUACGGGAUGGCGAAGGAAAAGGGCAUGGGCAUCGGAGUUUAUAGAAAUAUGGAACUGUAUAGAUUGUUCAACAUCACAGAGAAAGCCAUUCAAGAUCGGAGUAUCUGUGACAGUGCGAUUGAGAUUUUUGAAUACAGACCGUGUGCUUAUAACGUAGAAACAACAGGAUUUACGUCAUCUAAGAAUAUCAAGCAUAAAUCCUAUCUCCAGUCUUGGCAGUAUUUUGCAGAUGUUGAGGCGGAUAUACGAGCACAGUUUGUUUUCAAAUAUUUUAUAAAAAUAAAGGCCACAGACGUUCUCCGUCAGGCAGUUGCUAGUCACUUUAAACAAUCUUCAUCGUGGCAAAACGAGGCCGCAAAACUUACAGUGGUCGGUGUUCAUAUUAGAAGAGGUGAUUAUUUGAAAAAAGACAAAAUCAAGUACGGGUACCAAGUCGCUUCAGCUGAAUAUGUGGAAAAGGCCAUGCAAUAUUUCAGAGACAAAUAUAAUAAUACAUUGUUUUUAGUUUUCACUAAUCCAAAUAAGGAGGAUAUCAAGUGGUGUAAACAAUUUAUAAACGGAAGUGACGUUAUACACAUGAACGCCAACUCGCGGGAGGUAGACAUGUGCGCUCUAUCGCUGUGUAACCAUACUGUAAUGACUGUAGGGACCUUCGGGUGGUGGGCCAGCUGGAUCAACAAAGGGGAGACAAUCUACUACACAGAUGUCGCUAAACAGGGAAGUCCAUUGCUGAAGGACUUCAGUGCAGAUAUGACGGAUUAUUUUUACCCCGGUUGGCAGGGCAUGAAUUAAUACUAACGGACUUGUUUUUAUAUUAGACUUUUUUAAACAAACAUUGACCAAAUAUGGAGCAUGCUAACCAACCCGGUGUAAUAACGUGUAUAUAAUUAAUCUAAAACUCUAAUUAAAUAAUCUUAUCAAUCAUACAUGAGUGUGUUCGUGCCAGUUGGUUUUUAGUGUUUCGUCACUAAUCCUACACAGUGCUCGCUAACAAUAAUUAUUAUAGUACAACACCGACUCGUGAUAUAGUAAUGUGACGAUAACUGUAUUGAUGUUAAAAUACUUAAUACUUCUCUGUAUUGAGUUCAUGUGGGUGAUGAAACACGUCAUUGAUUUUACAAAACUU